CCCCGUGGGGAGGCGAUGCUGGACGGGAGGGGGGACUCUUGGCCUCACAGAAGCGGUGCACGGGCUGCGUCCUGGGCGCACGGUGGCUGUCUCCUAAAUGGCUGCAGCCCGCGCGGCGGGACCCUCGCGGCGUCCCCCGAGCCGCAGGCCGAGGCGCCGGCAGCCCAUGCGCGCAGGGCCGGUGUGCAGAUGGGAGUGCCGUCCACGCGGGGAUGCGGCAGAGGACGGGGCCUCGGCACCGCCGCCCUGGUCAGCUGGGCCCGCGUCGGCUGCCUGCUGGCGGUCACCAUGGCAACCCUGGCGCUGGCCCGGCCCUCCAGUUUAGUGCAGGACACCACGCUGGAGCCGGAAGAGCCGCCAACCAAAUACCAAAUCUCCCAGCCCGACGUGUAUGUGGCUGCGCCCGGGGAGUCGCUAGAGUUGCGCUGCCGGCUGAGAGAUGCCGCUCGAAUCAGUUGGACUAAGGAUGGGGUGCACUUGGGGCCCAACAAUAGGACAGUGCUUAUUGGGGAGUACUUGCAGAUAAAGGGCGCCACACCCAGAGACUCUGGCCUCUAUGCGUGUACGGCUGCUAGGACAGUGGACAGUGAGACUGGCUACUUCAUGGUGAAUGUCACAGAUGCCAUCUCCUCCGGGGAUGACGAGGACGACGCGGACGGCUCCGAGGACGUGGCCAGCGAGAGCAGCCACAAGAGAGCGCCCUACUGGACCAGCACCGAGAAGAUGGAGAAGCGGCUGCACGCCGUGCCCGCCGCCAACACCGUCAAGUUCCGCUGCCCGGCCGGCGGGAACCCCACGCCCACCAUGCGGUGGCUGAAGAACGGGAAGGAGUUCAGGCAGGAGCACCGCAUCGGAGGGUAUAAGGUGCGCAGCCAGCACUGGAGCCUGAUCAUGGAGAGCGUGGUCCCUUCCGACAAAGGCAACUACACCUGCGUGGUGGAGAACGCGGGCGGCUCCAUCAACCACACCUACCACCUCGACGUCGUGGAGCGGUCCCCGCACCGGCCCAUCCUCCAGGCCGGGCUGCCCGCCAACGCCUCCACGGUGGUCGGGGGCGACGUGGAGUUCGUCUGCAAAGUGUACAGCGACGCCCAGCCCCACAUCCAGUGGAUCAAGCACGUGGAGAAGAACGGCAGCAAGUACGGGCCGGAUGGGCUGCCCUACCUCAAGGUGCUGAAGCACUCGGGGAUAAAUAGUUCCAAUGCAGAGGUGCUGGCUCUGUUCAAUGUGACGGAGGCGGACGCGGGGGAGUAUAUGUGUAAGGUCUCCAAUUACAUAGGGCAGGCCAACCAGUCCGCCUGGCUCACGGUCCUGCCCAAGCAGCAAGCGCCCGUGCGGGAGAAGGAGCUGCCCGCGGCCCCCGACUACCUGGAGAUCGCCAUCUACUGCAUCGGCGUGUUCCUCAUCGCCUGCAUGGUGGUGACGGUCGUCGUGUGCCGCAUGAAGGCCUCGGCCAAGAAGCCGGACUUCAGCAGCCCGCCCGCCGUGCACAAGCUCUCCAAGCGCAUCCCCCUGCGCAGACAGGUAACAGUGUCAGCCGAGUCCAGCUCCUCCAUGAACUCCAACACCCCCCUGGUGCGGAUCACCACCCGCCUGUCGUCCGCGGCGGACACCCCCAUGCUGGCGGGCGUCUCGGAGUACGAGCUGCCCGAGGACCCCAAGUGGGAGUUCCCCAGAGACAAGCUGACGCUGGGCAAGCCCCUGGGGGAAGGCUGCUUCGGGCAAGUGGUCAUGGCCGAGGCCGUGGGAGUCGACAAGGACAAGCCCAAGGAGGCGGUCACCGUGGCCGUGAAGAUGCUGAAAGAUGACGCCACGGAGAAGGACCUCUCCGACCUGGUGUCCGAGAUGGAGAUGAUGAAGAUGAUCGGGAAGCACAAGAACAUCAUCAACCUGCUGGGCGCCUGCACGCAGGACGGGCCCCUCUAUGUCAUCGUGGAGUAUGCCGCCAAGGGCAACCUCCGGGAGUACCUGCGGGCGCGGCGGCCGCCCGGGAUGGAGUACUCCUACGACAUCAACCACGUGCCCGAGGAGCAGAUGACCUUCAAGGACCUGGUGUCCUGCACCUACCAGCUGGCCCGGGGCAUGGAGUACCUGGCCUCCCAGAAGUGUAUCCACCGAGACCUAGCGGCCAGAAACGUCCUGGUGACGGAGAACAACGUGAUGAAAAUAGCCGACUUCGGGCUGGCCAGAGACAUCAACAACAUCGACUAUUACAAGAAGACCACGAACGGGCGGCUUCCCGUCAAGUGGAUGGCUCCGGAGGCCCUCUUCGAUCGCGUGUACACCCAUCAGAGUGACGUCUGGUCCUUCGGGGUGCUGAUGUGGGAGAUCUUCACCCUCGGGGGCUCGCCCUACCCGGGGAUCCCCGUGGAGGAGCUGUUCAAGCUGCUAAAGGAGGGGCACAGGAUGGACAAGCCGGCCAACUGCACCAACGAGCUGUACAUGAUGAUGAGGGACUGCUGGCACGCCGUGCCCUCGCAGCGGCCGACCUUCAAGCAGCUGGUGGAGGACCUGGACCGGGUGCUCACGCUCACCACCAACGAGGAGUACCUGGACCUCAGCCAGCCCCUCGAGCAGUACUCGCCCAGCUACCCCGACACCAGGAGCUCCUGCUCGUCGGGGGACGACUCCGUCUUCUCCCCGGACCCCAUGCCCUACGACCCCUGCCUCCCGCAGUACCCGCCUGUCAGCGGCAGCGUGGACACCUGAGCGGGCAUGUGUCCGCCCCUCCCGGCGGGCGGGCAGCGCGGGAGCCUGGCCGCACAGAGCAGGGCCUCCUCCGGAGCUGUGUCUCCGACUGUACAUAUGGACCGGAGGGCGCGUCGUUGGGAGAGCCGGUGGCAGGCGUGUAAAGGUGACACCGUCGGAAACCUGUCGUCUUCGCCAGGGGAAGAGGGACGUUUCCGGGGCCACGGACGGCCGCGGUGGGACCGCACGCCCGCCGCCCGCCGCCCGCCGGGCCGGCUGUGGGCCAGCCGGACUCAGGAGACAGACGCGCGUCUGGCCUCGUUGUGGAUGUUGUAAGAAGGGGAGCAGGGGAGGCGGCGCACGCACAGGGCACAGGGGGCACAGAGGUGCUGGGUGUAUGUACAUAGACGCAAAUUAUGUAUAAAUAUAUAUUAUAUAUUUACAAGGAAUUAUUUUUUGUAUUGAUUUUAAAUGGAUGUCGCAGUGCACCUGGAAAAUCGGUCUUUUUUUUUUUUUUUUUUUUUUUUUUUAAAUAGCUAUUUGCUAAAUGCUGUUCUUACCCAGAGUUUCCUAAUUUUCACCGAGCAGCGGUGGGAGGUACUUUUGCUUUCAGGGAAAAUGGUAUAAAACAUUAAUUUAUUAAUGGAUUGGUAAUAUACAAAACAAUUAAUCAUUUAUAGUUUUUUUUGUUUUUAAUUUAAGUGGCAUUUCUAUGCGGGCGAGUUGACUGGCUGCUCCGACGUAGCUGGUGGCCGGGUCCCUUGAAAAGAGAACUGAUGGCAGAUCUGACUGGUGGGGGAGGCGAGGUUUGGGGUGCGAGCUCUGCUGUCCGGGCUGUCGAACCGCCUGCUGGAGCCGGGGCUCGGGCGAGGGUGUUGAUGGGCGGCUUGGUCAUGGGCCCCCGUGGCCGCUCCCUGCACCUGCCAGGCCGGUGGGACCAGCUCCUUAAACAGCUGCCCUCGCCUCCCGGCCUCGCCUCCCGGCAGCCCUGCCCGCGGCGCAGUCGUCGGAUCGGCCUGUAUUCUCGUCGGGGAUUUGGGUAGCGGCUCCAGGUUCGUGGGCGGCAGAGCAGCUCUCAGGGUCUCCAUGACUCACCGUGGGGAACGGAGACGCCGGUUCUUCCGCUGAGAGUUUGGGGUCCCCUCCAUCUUGUUAAGGGGUGGUUCCCGGCGGCUCCUGGCGGGCCUCGCUGGCGGGACCGGCUGGUUCCGGCGGCAGAGGAAGCGUACUUCCCGCCAGCCGAGGGUCCCGUGCGAAAGGACUGUGUUUUGCUUCCGAAACGCCCCUCACGCUGCGGUCGCCGCACAUGCAGAAUACACUGACUGUACAUGUAUGUGCCAGGGCCUUGGGGAAAGUAUUUAAUAAAACCUGUUAAUUUUUAUACUGACAAUAAAAAUGUCUCUACAGAUAUUAACGUUAACAAGA